AUGAGACCGAUAGACAUCAUCAUCGGAGCAGAAUACUACAUGGAGCUGCUCAAGCAUGAACGGCGAAAGGUAAUAGACGACAGCCUGACUCUACAAGACACCGUGUUCGGAUGGAUUGUUUCCGGUCCCGACUACUGCAUCAUGCUCUCUAACCCGCAUUUGCUCUCUAACCCGCAUUUGUUCGACGGUGGAGAUCCAAGAUCAACUUUCCCAAUUCUGGGAAGCAGGGACUUGCCAGUCAACCAGCACGAUGUCGGUCGAAGAAUCGGCCUGCGAGGAGUUUUCCGGAACGAAGAAGAGAGGUGCGUAGUCACGCUGCCGAAGAAGGAGCGGAUGAUCCUGCAGCUUGGCGGUUCCCGAUUCAGAGCAAUCAAGCUCUUCUUGGGAGUAGAGCGGCGGCUCGUGAUGAAUCCGGAACUGAAGAAGCAGUACACGGAGUACAGGCGCGAAUAUCUGGACAUGGACCACAGGAGGGAGCUUUUCUGGGUAAAUACGUGA